AUGGUCAUGAAACAUUUGUUCCAAGAGCCACCAUCUCCCGAUGUUUCAAACAACGCAUCCAGCAGCGGAUCGAGAGAUUCUGAUCAAGAAAUGGGUUCUCCUCCAGUCUCAAAGAAAGCAUUUCUCUGCUUUCCUCAUGGAAUUAAUCUGAAUCCCGUGCGCGUGGUUUUAGCAGAGAUGGUGGGAACCUUCAUUUUGAUGUUCUCUGUAUGUGGGAUCAUAGCAAGCACUCAGCUGAUGAGAAGUGAAGUGGGUCUCCUAGAGUAUGCAGCCACAGCCGGUUUAACCAUCAUUGUCCUGAUUUUCUCCAUUGGCUCUAUCUCCGGUUCGCACGUUAAUCCUUCUGUCACUGUUGCCUUUGCAGCAUUUGGUCAUUUUCCAUGGUCCAAGGUUCCGCUCUACAUAAUAGCACAAAUGUUGGGUUCUGUUUUGGCAACUUUUGUGGGAUCAGCUGUCUACGGCAUAAAAUCAGAACUCGUGACUACCCAACCCCUCCAAGGCUGCACUGCUGCUUUCUGGGUUGAGCUCAUUGCAACCUUCAUCGUCAUGUUUCUAGCUACGUCAUUGACAUACGAAGCCCAAUCUGUAGGCCAUUUAUCUGGCUUUGUUGUAGGAAUAGCCAUUGGACUUGCAGUAUUAAUCACAGGACCUGUCUCGGGAGGAUCAUUGAAUCCGGCAAGGUCAUUGGGGCCGGCCAUCGUUUCCUGGAGGUUUAAAAAUGUAUGGAUAUAUCUUACAGCCCCGACUAUUGGCGCUGCAGCGGGUGUUCUCUUGUUUCGCAUUCUGCGACUUAAACGCCAGCCUUGCACUUCCACUCCCUCUCCUAACUCGUGCCUGCUUUAG